AUGGCCCGCCAACGACGCCGCCAAACACAACCACCAGAACCCACCUUACAAAAACCCAAAAGCCCCAAUCCAGAUCCCAAGCCACCUCACCACACCCCCCAUCUGGAUCCCAAAUCGACAAAGAUAUUAACCCCUCCGCCGCAAUCCACUGAGCCACCAAUUGCGACGGUGAGAGCGCAAAUUGAUACUCCAACACCUGGACUACCAGCUCUAAUCCAACCAGAUUUGAAGGAUUCAUCACCUACAACAGAGAAUGAACGCACAGUUACCCCGGUAUCUGGUAUACCACAAACCCUAGCUCCAAUGCAUUUUGGGUAA